CAGCGUAGAUAAGGGGUUGAGAAAACCCGGCGACGCAGUGUCAAAAUUUCUAUUGCUUUCCUUUUCUGCAGUGGGUACAGAGUAGAGAGAAAGGCGGGACGGAGUCAAAUCUUCUCCCCCGAGGGGUGCACCGGGUGUAUGUUCCAGACCGAAAAACUGCGGUGAACGAUCCGCGCUUCCAGCGCUUGCGAUACUUUCCGGUAUUCUUAUUCUUCUCACUUAACGGCAAGGGAUACUUGCGGCGAAAAGUACCAUACAUACGUCAGAGGCAGGUAAACCGAGAUUGUAAAAUGGUCGUACUGAUCAAUUUCCUACUGCCGCAAGAAGGUGUUCGACACGAGGAGCCUGACACUACAUUGUACAUAAAUGACAGAGAAGUUGGAAAGGGUACACUGUAUGUGACAGAAAGCCUACUGUCAUGGGUUAGUGGGACAACUGGUCAAGGAUUUUCAUUGGAAUAUCCUAAUAUAUCGCUGCAUGCUAUAUCAAGGGACCAACAACUACAUCCUCACCAAUACCUUUACGUCAUGGUAGAUGCAAAAUUAGACCCUGCAGAUAUGCAAGAAUUACUGCCUGUGGAUGCCCGAUCUGAAGGAAACGAUGAAGAGGACGAUGACGAUGAGUCGGAAACUCCGAUGACUGAAAUGAGAUUUGUUCCAGAAAAUCCAAAUAGCUUGGAUGCCAUGUUUCAAGCGAUGAGUCAGUGCCAAGCACUUCACCCUGACCCUCAAGCUGAAGAGGAUAUCUAUGAGGAUGCUGAGGAUGAUGUUUUCAAAUGUUGGGAAGGUGAGACAGAUGCUGUUCCAUACAUAUUGGCAUCGGAUGAAGCAUAUAAUCAGAAUGGCGCAGAUACAGAUGAAGCCAUGGAUAUUGAAGCAGGCCAAUUUGAAGAUGCUGAAGAAGAUCCUUAGGUAGUUGGUGGUAUUUAAAAAUUCUACUUUCCGCUGUCAACUAAAACGUGCGUCAAUCGUCACUAUAUCUCUUUGUUUGUGCGGUUUAUUUUCAUGCGCGUUGUAGAGAUAAUUCUAUAAGCUUACCGAACCACAAUACUCUGAAGUAAAUUUCUGUCAGCUAAGACACAAAGCGCUCGACUUUAUAUUCAUAUUCAUUUUGUACAUGAUAACGAUUCCUAUGGUAAAAAAUAUAGGUAUAUAAAUAUAGAUAUAA